AUGACUUCUCCGUCUACUAUCGAGCAGAAGUUUGUCUCCAAGCCCAAUCAAUUGGGCGUGGUUGCGGUCGGUUUUUCCGGCGGGCAGUGCAAACCAGGUGUCGAAGCUGCGCCGACUGCCCUCAUUGCGUCCGGUCUGCUGGAUCAGCUCCGCGAGGACUUGGGCUAUGAGAUUCACCAUGACAAUACCGUCCAUUCCUACGAGGACAUCAUGCCCGCGUCAGAUCCUGACCAUCGGGGGAUGAAGAAGCCCCGCUCUGUCAGCGCGGUCACGCAGCGCCUGAGCGAACAGGUCUAUGAGCAUGCGAAGGACGGCAAGUUCGUGCUCACCCUGGGUGGUGACCACUCGAUUGCCAUUGGCACCAUCUCCGGUACUGCCAAGGCGAUCCGGGAGCGAUUGGGACGCGAGAUGGCGGUCAUCUGGGUGGAUGCGCACGCCGACAUCAACACUCCGGAGAUGAGCCCCAGUGGUAACAUUCACGGUAUGCCCAUGGCCUUCCUUACGGGUCUGGCCAAGGAAGAGAAGAAGGACAUCUUUGGCUGGAUCGAGAAGGAGCAUAUGGUCAGUGUGAGAAAGCUGGUAUAUAUCGGUCUCCGCGACGUUGAUCGGGGCGAGAAGCAGCUUCUCCGGGAGAAUGGCAUCAAGGCAUUCAGCAUGCACGACGUUGAUAAGUACGGUAUCGGGCGUGUGGUCGAGAUGGCCCUGGCGUACAUCGGAAACGAUACUCCCAUCCACCUGUCUUUCGACGUGGAUGCACUCGACCCGCAGUUUGCUCCCAGCACUGGCACUCCCGUGAGAGGCGGCCUGACGCUCCGUGAGGGAGACUUCAUUGCGGAGUGCGUCCACGAGACCGGCAGUCUGGUCGCGAUGGACCUGGUGGAAGUAAACCCCAGUCUGGAGACGCUGGGCGCCAGCGAGACCAUCCGCGCUGGGUGCUCUUUGGUCCGAUCUGCUUUGGGAGACACCCUCCUGUACCCAGGCUGCCAGGGCCGCAACUCGACGUCUGCACGACCGCCUGAAGCUACUCAAACCCCGCGUUCUCCGAGUCGAGUCACAGUUAUAUCGGAGCGCAGGUACCACUGGCCGGAAAUACAGCUGAAUAUAUGGAUCGUCAUCGUUCUCGCGGGUUCUGCGACGUGUCUCGGUAUAUUCGCCUGGUUCAUGACUGUGCAGACGCAGAUGGAAUUGGGGAUCCCAUGGGUCAUGCCGUUCAUGGUUACCUCUAGCGCUCUUGGGGUCGCCUUUGUCAUUCUCAUUCUCAUCCUCGCCGCGCAACGAUUCUUGUUACCGGGGAUUAUCAUCAUAGGGAGUUUCGUCCUCUUCGUUCUAUGGUUGACGGGGAUGAUCGAGACGGCAGUGCAGCUCUAUGGUAGUCUGGCCAAUGUCAAUGCCAACUGCCAGAACUAUGUCCAGAAUAACGCGUUCAGGGGGAACAGCAUCGAUACGCUGGCCUGGUUGACGCAGAACAACAUUUGCAACUGCUGGAAGACGGCCUUUGCGUUCGAAGUCGUCAACACCGUCUUCUACCUGUGGAUGAUGGUCAUGUCAUGGCAGGUCAACAGAGAUAUUUACGAGUAA